CAUAGAAGAAAGGUGUGAUCAAGUUCUACAAUGGCGGGUGCUUCAUCAUUUAUCCUCUCAUUGUUAGCAUUAUUGACUCUUCUUCCCCAUCCUUCAUUCGCCGGUGACAUUAGACAUUACAAGUUCGACAUUAAACUACAAAAUGUAACGCGAUUGUGCAAGACAAAGAGUAUGAUCACGGUCAAUGGGAAAUAUCCAGGUCCUCGUAUUCUAGCACGAGAGGGCGACAAUUUACUGAUUAACGUGACCAACUAUGUGUCAAACAAUAUAUCAAUUCAUUGGCAUGGAAUUCGACAACUUCAAACCGGAUGGGCAGAUGGACCGGCGUAUAUAACUCAAUGCCCAAUUCAAACGGGCCAAAGCUAUGUCUAUAACUUCACUAUUAUCGGACAAAGAGGAACCCUUUGGUGGCACGCCCAUAUUUCAUGGAUUCGAUCCACCCUUCAUGGCGCGAUCAUCAUCCUCCCCAAACGCGGCAUUCCUUAUCCUUUCCCCAAGCCUUACAAGGAAGCUCCCAUCAUCUUUGGUGAAUGGUUCAACGCAGACACACAAGCUAUUAUUAGGCAGGCCUUGCAAAAUGGUGGCGGGCCAAAUGUUUCAGAUGCAUAUACAAUUAAUGGGUUACCUGGCUUACUUUAUAAUUGUUCUAAAAAAGAUACUUACAAAUUGAAGGUGAAGCCGGGGAAAACUUAUCUUCUUCGCUUGAUCAACGCAGCACUCAAUGACGAGCUUUUCUUUAGCAUAGCUAAUCACACAUUAACGGUAGUUGAGGUUGAUGCUAUUUAUGUUAAGCCAUUCGAGACUAAAACACUCUUAAUUACCCCUGGUCAAACCACAAACGUUCUUCUCAAGACUAAAUCAUCAUCCCCACUUGCGGAUUUUCUCAUGUUGGCUCGUCCUUAUGCAACCGGGCAAGGAACUUUCGACAAUACAACUGUGGCAGGACUUCUCAAAUACAAAGGGUCGAGAAAAAACCUACCGCUCUUUCGUCCCAUUUUGCCCGCUCUAAACGAUACCAAAUUCGCCACUAAUUUCACUAAAAGGCUUAGAAGCUUAGCCAACUCUCAAUUCCCAGCAAACGUGCCUCAAAAAAUUGACAAACGUUUCUAUUUCACGGUUGGACUUGGAACAAACCCUUGUAACCUAAACAACCAAACAUGUCAAGGCCCGAACGGAACCAAGUUCUCCGCCUCGAUUAACAAUGUUUCUUUUGUUCUACCAAGAACCGCUCUUCUUCAAUCCCAUUUCUUUGGAAAAUCCAAAGAUGUUUAUAGUUCUAAUUUUCCUUAUAGUCCAUCAAAAUGGUUUAAUUUCACUGGAAAUCCUCCAAACAACACCAUGGUGAGCAAUGGAACAAAAACAUUGGUGCUUCCUUUUAACACACAAGUAGAGUUGGUUUUACAAGACACGAGCAUUCUUGGGAUUGAGAGUCAUCCGUUUCAUCUACACGGAUUCAAUUUCUUUGUUGUUGGUCAAGGUUUUGGGAAUUACGAUCCCACAAACGAUCCCAACAAGUUCAAUCUUAAGGACCCUGUUGAGAGAAACACGGUUGGCGUACCGCCUGGUGGAUGGGUUGCAAUUCGAUUCUUAGCCGAUAAUCCGGGGGUGUGGUUUAUGCAUUGUCAUUUGGAAGUACACACCAGUUGGGGUUUGAAAAUGGCAUGGGUUGUAUUGGAUGGAGACCUACCCAAUCAAAAGUUGCAUCCUCCACCAGCUGAUCUUCCAAAAUGUUGAUUAAUUAACACUUUGCUUGCAAAUAUGAUAUCUCUUUUCUAAUCCAUUUCUUUUUCAAUGAGUGAAACGAUUUUUUGAUGAUAAAAAACGGAUCUUUAUGAUUCUGCAUCAUGUAUUAUAACUUAUUUGUGUAAACUCUACCGUGAUUAUAUUAUGUUCAUUUUGAUUGAUUUGUUUUACUAUGUUC